AUGAAACUUAACAUUGAACUAUUACAGUCGAGAACCGACGCUUUGCAAUCUCUGGCUAAUGCACAGCAGGUAUGUUCUCCUAUAACUGAUUGUCUUCGAAAUAUCGAAAUUCUAAGGCAGGAACUUUCUGAAGAGAGAGAAAUAACACAAAAAAUAGAAUUUGUUUUCAAAGUUUUUAAAGGUGAAAAUUUAAAUGUUGACGCAUUUGGCGGUCAGAAUUGUAAAUCAGAACCCAAAGUUACAAACAAAGAAAUUCCUAAGCGUGACGAAACCAUACCGGAAUUUCAAUGUACUGAAGAUUCCCCAGAGGAGAUAUCUCUAAUUAUUAACAAUAAGCCGAACUAUGAGGCAGACGAGUACAGUGUGAAUGCAAUGUAUGACAAAUCACCAAUUACACCGGAAUUUAGUGUGAUUGCACCAGUUUCAGAAUCAACAUGUAUAGCAUUACAUAAACCAACGAAGAAGACACGCGAGCCUAUCACACAAUCUAGACGGCCUGUUUGGUUAUCCAAGCUGCCUUUGAUCAAUUGUCCUGAAUCUAUCCUUAACCAUACCGACAAUAAUUUAACUCGUAGUCGGAAAUCAGAAUAUAAAGUUGCAAACAAAGAAAGCCCUAAGCGUGACGAAAUCAUACCGGAAUUUCAAUGUACUGAAGAUUCCCCAGAGGAGAUAUCCCUAAUUAUUAACAAUAAGCCGAACUAUGAGGCGGACGAGUACAGUUUGAAUGCAAAUUAUGACAAAUCUUCAAUUACACCGGAAUUUAAAUGUGUUGAAGCUUCUCUUGAAAAUUCAUGUCUUAUUGUUGAUACAAUUUUAAAUUCUGAGUCGAAACCAAAGACAGUUCGAAAGCAAUCGUUCGCGGUUGUGCCAACUCUACCAAAAUCAAUCAAAGGCCGUUCAAAAUCAAAGCCAAAUUUCUUUCAGAAGCAAUCGUUUAAACCAGUCAGUGUGACUGCACCAAUUUCAGAAUCAACAUGUAUAGCAUUACAUAAACCAACGAAGCAGACACGCGAGCCUAUUAUACAAUCUAAAGGCCUGUCUGGUUAUCCAGGAUGCCCUUGA